AUACUAGUUUAAUUGUAUAUCAUGUAUUAGCACCAUCGUGUUACAUUACAUGUACGAUGAUGCAGUAGUUUCACUAUUUAUCCGUUGGAAUUUUGUGGCACUUUAAAUUCGAAGGCACACUCAGAGUUGAAGAGGCAAGGCUUUGUGUAAAGGAACGUUGUGUAUUACAAACAAACGUUGUUAUUAUCACAUAAACUCGUAACAAUCAAUCUCUCUUAAUUCAACCGAACCAAAGUCCAAAGCUAUGGCAGAGCUCCAAACCAAGGUGGAACCAACUCCGGCACCGCUGGAACCCGAGCCACCGCUGGCGGAGGCGCCCUCAGUCGACGCCGGUGAGAAAAAGGUGGUGGCUCCGCCACCGACUAAUCCGGCGGCAGCAGAGGAAACCAAGGCUCUUGCUGUUGUUGAGAAUGAGAAGACACCAGCUCCUGUAAAAAAGGUCACAGGAGGAUCCCUUGACAGAGAUAUUGCUCUAGCAGAAAUAGAAAAAGAGAAAAGGUUAUCUAAUGUGAAGGCAUGGGAAGAAAGUGAAAAAUCCAAGGCAGAGAAUAAAGCCCAAAAGCAGCUCUCUGCUGUUGCUGCAUGGGAAAACAGCCAGAAAGCAGCUCUUGAAGCAAAACUGAGAAAAAUUGAGGAACAACUAGAGAAAAAGAAAGCAGAAUAUGGUGAAAAAAUGAAAAACAAGAUAGCGUUAAUUCACAAACAAGCAGAGGAGAAGAGAGCAAUGGUUGAAGCAAAGCGUGGUGAAGAAUUUCUCAAGGCAGAGGAAACAGCUGCAAAAUACCGUGCAACUGGAACCACUCCAAAGAAGCUCCUUGGAUGCUUUUAAUUUAUUUAUUUAUUUUGAUGCUUUUGGGUCUGAUAUCAUAGCAAUAAUGAAAUUUUGUCUAUAUUUUUUCUUGUUUGUUUUCAAUGUUGUUGAUGUGUGUAAGAAAAGUAAUGGGAAAGGAAAAACACUAUAAAGUUUGUGACAUACUUGACAGACUCUAGAUCCUUUUGCUAAGAUGAAGCGUUCCAUGUUGUUCCCUCAUUUACUUUUUCCACAAUCAUUCUAAUCAUCAACCAAACAGAUUUUUUUCUCUUCAUUAUUCGGAAUUGUUGUUUCCUCUUCGCUAAAGAUGAUCAAAUUUUAAUUUAAGAUUUUGUUAGCAUCAGUUUCACAUUAUAAAAAUAUAAUAAAUACUUUUUUCUAAUAAAUUUUUAUUAUUAUUAACUGUUUAUUCUCAAUUUUGAAGUUAAUAAAACUCUUUAAUUUAAAUUAAAUUUACUUGAUUUUAACUUAAAUUGAGUUUAAACUUUUAAAAAUAAAAAAGAAACUAUUGAGAAAACCCUGUUUAUCAUAUUGAAAUAAUAAAAACAUAAUAAAUAUUUUAAUAAAAUUAACUAUUAUUAUUAUUCAUUUAAAUUUGGUUUUAAGUUAAGAUUGAUAAUUAUUACUUAAAAUUUGAAAUGAGGCUAAUAAGAUGCCUUGGCUUUUACUAAUGUUCAAUUGUUUUUGCUUUAUCAAGGGAUAGAGACUGGGGGGCUUUGGGGUCAAAAGUCCUCUUGGACCAAUCAUGUUGAUUGAAUCAUGUUUACAUGUAAUCCAAAAUUAACGAGCUUCUUUACAAAUAAAAGACAAAGUAACUAAAUCAUGCUCAAGCAUUAAAAGUUUAAUACUUCAGUGAAUACGGAUAUGGUAUCAAUACUUGAUAUGAUAUGGAAUAUACAUUUCAAGAAUCCAAAAUACAAAUAUGUCAAUAUAAUUUCAAAAUUAAAUAUAAACUCAGAUAAGAAAUCAAAAUACAUUAAUUCAAUUAGUUUCAUUUACGGGUCCUAAUAAGCCUAAUAAUCAAAAUUCCUCAAUGUCAUUAAUGCUGAAUAACCAUUAUAUUUAACUAAGUACUACUAGUUCAUCUUCUCAUAUACCAAGUCUACAAAUUAGCCAACCAAAACCUAAAUGGAAGAAUAUCAUACAUACAUGCACUAAAGGGUGGUGGCAAAUACACAACUCUCAUUCUAAGAAGCUCAUAUCAUUGUUAAUAGGAAAAUCUAACAAGAGCUGUAAUGAAGUGUCACAUGAGUCUUCUAAUUCACUAGAGCAUGAUGAAUCAGAGCCAAUUUUUCUCUCACCCCAUUCCAAACCUUCUUUGACUGUGCUUGCUGCGGUUGAGGAUCCAACUGGGUUAGAAGCCAAAUCCGUUGUAGUGGCAGAUACUGACCCACAUUUGUUGGAACAUGAUCCUAGAGAAAUGCUACUUUUGUCAGAUGAUUUGUGCACAUCACGAAAAGAUUGUCCAAUUUCAGAGUUCCAAAUGCGUAGGAAAUAGUCAGAAUCAGGUUUGUGGGGAAAGGAACAAGUGUUGUUGAACAAUGAUGAUUCCCUAGAGAGCCUGACCUCUGCCUCAAGCCUUGCACUCUCCCAUUGAGCCAUGUGGCGAGUUGAAAUGGAUGCAUUUGUUUUGUUAAUUGGGUAAUUUGAAGAGUUCAAUGGCUCAUGGGUUUGUGGGUCAAGUCCCAUGCAAAUGAGACGUUUCUUCAAGUGGGUGUUCCAUAGGUUCUUUAUCUCAUUGUCUGUUCUUCCUGCUAGUUGAGAUGCUAUAGCAGCCCACCUGUGAAUUGUGUUCAUUGCUUGAACAUUGUUAACAAAUGGUGCGUUUGAAUAACUGUUGUUUAAGCACUUUAGUGUUUAAAUGGUGGAUAUUACAUCUAAAGUCUAUGAAUUGAACAUGUAAUUGCUCCAUUUCAAAAUUUUAGUUUUCAAGAUUGAUGCACAUAGAUUAAGAAAUUAUUAGUUGACGUAAAAUUUUAUUAUAUAUCUUUAUUUUAUUUAAUUAAAUGGAGAUAAUUCUGAAUUAACUAUUCAUAUUAUUGUGAAAUGAGGAUAUAACUGGAAACAAAAUUGGAUCAGGCCUUGAAUUUCUAAAAUGACAAUAGUUAUAAAACAGAAAACAGUCUAAAAAGUAUAUAAUUUUAGCAUGAAAAGAACAUUUCCUUGGCCAAAUUAAAAUUUACAUCAAGGACUUGUAUGAUUAAUUUGACUAAUUGAAUGUGUAUUUAAGAACUAAUUUGAUUGACAAAAAACAUGAGUUGAAAGCAAACACAAUUAAGAACAAAAACGAUUUUUCUCACAAGAGUGUUAUGAAAAUUUAUAUGUAUAUAUUUCAUGAACAGUAAGUACCUAUUUCCAAGGAUAGCAUGAAGC